GAGACUAUAAAUGAAAACCUUCAGUUAAGCUCUUUUAUUUUCUUGUAGUUUGUAGCUUUUUUCCAUCAUGCCCGAGCCGGCGAAAUCUGCCCCAGCUCCUAAGAAGGGCUCUAAAAAGGCGGUGACCAAAGCGCAGAAAAAGGAUGGCAAGAAGCGCAAACGCAGCCGGAAGGAGAGCUAUUCUGUCUAUGUAUACAAGGUGCUGAAACAGGUCCACCCCGACACCGGCAUUUCGUCCAAGGCUAUGGGCAUCAUGAACUCGUUCGUCAACGAUAUUUUUGAGCGCAUUGCAGGUGAGGCAUCUCGCCUGGCCCAUUACAACAAGCGCUCGACGAUCACGUCCAGGGAAAUCCAGACAGCCGUGCGCCUGCUGCUUCCCGGGGAGCUGGCCAAGCACGCAGUGUCCGAGGGCACCAAGGCUGUCACCAAGUAUACCAGCUCCAAGUGAGAGGUGUGCUACUUUGUCAUCAAUACCAAAGGCUCUUUUCAGAGCCACUUACGUCAUCUAAUAAAGAGUUGUAACAGUUUUUUUCAGUAUUUGUUUCUUCGGGUGUAGUUCGUGUUCAUGUAAGUUAUUUGUAAGUUUCUAAGCGGCUACUUGAACUCACAAGUGUUUUGCAUUUCUAAGACCGCUUUUUUGGUGCAAUUUUACCUUUUAAGGAAUAGAGUCCCUGAAUUUAGUAUUCACGGCCUUCAUAGUUGAGUCAACAACUUUUCCCUUAAAAUGAUUUGUAAAUAUCCUUAAGCUUUAAAGUAUUCCCGACCCUCAGCCACUUGUGUUGUGAUUGUGAGUUCACCACUCAUGGACUCUUCAGGCAGGCAUUAUCAUAACUCCAACCAAACUCAGAAUAUUUGUCCAAUGUCUUCCACAAACAAGUUUCUCAAGCUUUUCUUCAUUACAUGUAAUUUUUUGGUGAGGUAUGAGAGUUGAGUGUGUUGGUGAUGUUAGUGGGGAGAUGACAUUUCUUGCCUGCCUCCAAAUCUUGCAGUUAUGUUUUCUAAUUUUUUUGUAAUGGCUUUAAAAACAAAAUUCCCCACAUGUAUAAACACUAUUUAAUUGUACAGGAAUAUCAGAUAUUACUGAUAGUGACCAAGGCACACAUUUCACUUCUCAGAAUACACAGUGCUAGGCUCUUGGAAAAGGCAUUCAAUGGAAAUUCUGAACCCCUGAUUGGUCUCAGGUAGGAUAGUUUAAUUGAGGAACAUAAAAUAGUCUCUUCAAACAACUCUUAUUUAAAUUAGUAAAUGGCAAAUGGACCCAUAAAUGGGUCUCCCUCUUGUACUGGGCCUUAAUGUCUUCUAAUUCAAGGCCUUUGACUGACUCACACCUCCUCAUACCAAUGUUAAGAAAAAACCUUCCCAUCACACCUUCCUAUAUUUAAAGGAGGAUAUUUUUUGCCUGUAUAUGUAUAAAGAUUCAUUAUAUUGAUGAGGCCGUUUAAUAAUGUCUCCCCAUAUUUUUAUGGAUUUUUGUUCCUGCCCCUACCCCAUAAGGGCUGGAGGCCAAACAGAGGCGCAUACUCUCCUGGGACCCUUAACCAUAGAUUUCUCUACAGACUCAACACUUGCCCAUUUUUAUGGGACCUAUUUGAGCCUGAACUUCCACCACCCAAAAAAUCUUGCCCAGUAUUUGGGUUAUAAGGGCCGGAUAAUUAAUCUGUGUUCUACUACUGAUCGCUUGUAGGAAACUGAAAUUAUUGCUCUAGGGCCAUUCCCACAUACAGUGUGAACCAUUAAAAAGGGAGAUAGAAAACUCUAUUUAGUAAAUAAAAAACUCAUUCAGAGGCAAUAAUGAAGUCAACACCAUCUCCCACAAAGAUGAAACCAGACUCCCUCUCCUCCAUGGUAAUAGUAC